AUGUAUGAUUUAUACUGCCGAACUAUUCCCUGUUUCUUUUCCCCGCUCCGGCACUGUGCUGUCAGUUCGAAACCGUUAUGCAACGGUGCCGAUCUAUCAUCUGACCAACAGCUCAAACUGACCGUGGAUGACCACAUUCCUGAUUGGCAAGUAAAUGAUCCGAUUGCGACCGAUUUUGUUCAACGUUGGCUCACAUUGCACGGAUUUCAGAACGGACAUCAUCCGAUUAAAUUUCCCGAGGAUUUUCGUAGCUGUAUAGCUCUCAGUCCGGCCAUGGGUGAGCAGGUGUAUCACACCACGGGGUUGGAUGAACUGGAUCCGGUCGGUGAGACCACAUCUGUCUCUUCUAAAGCACCGGUGUCCGGUCCGGCUGCCGGUUCAAUCUCACGACCCGUUGGACUUCUGUAUGCCUGUCUGAUGCAUUUGUGCGGUGGUCGCAGUCCACCCGGGGUGCCUGCGAAUAUCACACUACAGUUGGCACAACCUGCUGAAUCGUUGGCUACUGUUCACUUCUAUCUGGCUGCCCUGACCACGUUUGUACGAAGUCAAGGCGGAUGUUUGCCCCAUGUUUUACCGGAGCAUCUUAUGCACCCGGCGGACUAUCGUGCCUGGUAUCGGCACAAACGUCCCGGACUGACCGAUUCCGCUCGUCUGAUGCUUUUACCCGUUGAAGUGCUCACCGAUCCCCGACGCUCUGUGAUGAGUUUCCACAGUGAGAGUAGUAUGAGCGGGGGCCGAAAUGCCCCGGAGCACGUCAGUCGCGACACUCCAGAUGAGGGGAUUGGGACCGAUCGGAGCUCGGUUGAAAGGGACGGCCGAACCAGUUCGACUUCAGUUAUCCGAUUGGCACUCAGCCCAUUGCCCGAAUUGGAUCCGGCCACGUUCGAGCGUGUAUCCAAACGCGCCCGGACCGAUUUGAUGUUGCAACUGAUGAAGGUUUGCGCUAUAAAGUUUGGUGUAUGCGCGAGUGCUCGGCUAGUUUCUUACGUGCGAUUGAAACUGGUAGUUAUAAAAUCCAUAUUGAUUGAUUCACAUUUGGCUAUAUACUACAAGCAAUUUGUUACUGUUAUGGCUUACAACUGA